AUGCUCCUCAGUGUGGCCGCUCUUCCUUACUUUCACUUCAGGAAACUUGCACCCCGGUUACUACGGCAACCAAGGAGGGUAGUCCCCAGUGGAGGAGCAUCAGACGGAGGGUUUCCUGCGAGCUUGUCACUGUACAGCAUACGCUCAGAUCUGCUGCUCGAUGGAAGGAGGGGCCAGCUGUGUGCAGGAGUCUGUGCCGGUUCAGGACGUGGAGUGUUGUCCCAGGACCCCCCACACCGCCCCAGGGUGAGGAGCAUUUUACUGCCCCUCUGCUGGACACUGCCAACAAUUCACGCAUUCUGCUCCAAGAGCCAAGACACUGAGGCCAAGAUGUCAACCUCUGAUUCCUCGAGCUCCACUAAUGGUCAAGGAAAGACCACCAGCAAACCGCAGUUCCGUAAAAGAGCAAGCCUCCAGAUCCCCACCACGACUGACCCCGCACUCGCUGCUGCCUUUCGGGACAGUGAGUCUGCUGUCAUCCGGCUUGUUCCUCUGUUGUUUCGGGGGAGCAUCGACUGUCCCAGGCCUACUGUCCCAGCAUCUCUGCAGAGCUCAUCUGGGACCACUGCGACCAUUGUACUGCGACCUGACCAGGGACAGAGACAGAGAAGGAGACAGACACACAGAGGCAAAGAUCUGUGUGGCGUAUCUAGGCCCAAGCCUCUGAAAUCGCAGCACUCGCUCCCGUCAGACAGACAGAGCACAACCAUGGAGGAGAAGUACAAGGAGCUGGCAGAGGAGCUCUUCUGCCGCACUAUGGCAGAGAGCGAGAUGAGGAGCGCUCCGUACGAGUUCCCUGAGGACAGUCCUAUCGAGCAGCUGGAGGAGCGGCGCCAUCGUCUGGAGAGGCAGAUCAGCCAAGACAUCAAACUUGAGCCCGAGAUCUUGCUCCGCGCCAAACAGGACUUCAUGAAAAUCGACAGUGCGGCCGAUCUAGAGCUAAUGAAGCAGCAGAGUACUGACCACAUAGAUGCCGACUUCAAUGCACGUCCAAUGCCCAUUAUCAGGGAGUACCAGCGUGUCUCUAUAUCGGGAGAAGAAAAGUGUGGGGUUCCUUUCACAGACCUUGUCGAUGCUGCUAAAUGUGUCGUAAAGGCGCUGUUCAUUCGGGAGAAAUACAUAAGUCGAUCCAUGCAGAACUUUUGUAAGACGACAGCGCACUCCCUGCAGGACCUGGGGCUGACCAACCACGAGUUAGGAGUCUACGAGGAGAUCCCAGAGACCCCUGUUGACAAUGAUGCCUCAGUUCACCCUCCGGUCUCAGAGUUCCACCCUUACGACAACAUGGACCCUGACAACAUGCCCCCAGACGCGGGUUACGGCUGUGCGAUGGUGGACGGGGUGGUUCACGUCUACACCAAAACAACCAACAUGGACAAGAGUUCAGAGGUGGACCUGCCCUAUCCGGACUUGAAGGAGUACAUCGCAGAUAUGAACAUGAUGAUGGCCUUGAUAAUCAAUGGGCCGGUGAAGUCUUUUUGCUACCGCCGCCUGCAGUAUUUAACCUCUAAGUUUCAAAUGCACAGUCUUUUAAACGAGAUGAAAGAAUUGGCUGCACAGAAGAAGGUUCCUCACAGAGAUUUUUACAACAUACGCAAGGUGGACACCCACAUCCACGCCUCCUCCUGCAUGAACCAAAAGCACCUGCUCCGGUUCAUUAAGCGCGCCAUGAAGAAGUAUCCAGGAGAAAUCGUGCACAUAGAGCGCGGGCGCGGACAGACCCUGAAGGACGUGUUCGAGACCAUGAACCUGACGGCCUUCGACCUCAGCGUGGACACCCUCGACAUGCAUGCGGAUCGGAACACCUUCCACCGCUUUGAUAAAUUCAACGCCAAGUACAAUCCCAUUGGAGAGUCAAUCCUCCGCGAGAUCUUCAUCAAAACUGACAACUGCAUUCAGGGAAAAUACUUUGCACACAUUGUAAAGGAAGUGAUGGCCGACCUGGAGGAAAGCAAAUACCAAAACUCCGAGCUGCGUCUCUCUAUAUACGGUCGCUCCAGAGAUGAAUGGGACAAGUUGGCGCAGUGGGCUGUCAUUCACAAAGUGUACUCUGACAAUGUGCGCUGGCUUAUUCAGGUUCCCAGGCUUUUUGACGUCUACAAAAUAAAGAAGACUUUAGCCAACUUUCAGGAGAUGUUGGAGAAUAUUUUCAUGCCUCUCUUUGAAGCCACCAUAAACCCACAAAGUCAUCCGGAGCUGCAUCUCUUCUUGGAGCAUGUCGUGGGCUUCGACAGCGUAGAUGAUGAAUCCAAACCGGAAAAUCAUGUUUUCAACAUGGACAGCCCUCUUCCUGGAAACUGGACAGAAGAAGACAACCCUCCGUACUCCUACUAUCUCUACUACACCUACGCCAACAUGACUGUGCUCAAUCACCUGAGGAGGAGGCGCGGUCUUCACACGUUGGUGCUGCGGCCUCAUUGUGGAGAGGCGGGGCCCAUCCAUCACCUGGUGUCAGGAUUCAUGUUGUCAGAAAAUAUAUCCCACGGGCUGCUGCUGAGAAAGGCUCCGGUUCUUCAGUAUCUGUACUAUCUGGCACAAGUGGGCAUCGCCAUGUCUCCUCUGAGCAACAACAGCCUGUUCCUCAGUUACCAUAGGAACCCGCUGUGGGAGUAUCUGUCCCGCGGUCUGGUGGUAUCACUGUCCACUGACGACCCACUGCAGUUUCACUUCACCAAGGAGCCGCUGAUGGAGGAGUACAGCAUCGCGGCUCAAGUUUGGAAACUCAGCUCCUGCGACAUGUGUGAACUUUCCCGGAACAGUGUCCUCAUGAGUGGAUUCUCACACAAGGUGAAGAGUUGUUGGUUGGGCCCUAACUACAUGAGGGAGGGUCCUGAGAGCAACGACAUCCGCCGCACGAACGUCCCAGACAUCCGCGUGGCGUAUCGUCACGAGACUCUGUCUGAGGAGCUGCAGCUCAUCACUCACGCCGUGCGCACCGACGAACUGGACGGAGUGGACGAGGACACUCUGACCAUGGGGCCUCUUCCAGGAGCGCGCUAA